AUGUUGCUCCAACUGGAUCAGCUUGUUCUCGAUGAGAUUGGGAAGAUGUUGCCAGCAAAGGAUCUCAUCCGCCUGUCCAUUACUUGCAAAGCACUCCGUGAGUUCUACAACAAGGAGACCUACUACCAAGCCUUGAUGGGCAAACAGUUUUGGAUUGAUCGCAAAUUUUUCCGCUACCAAGAUGAUCUCCGUUUUGUAUUGAACAAUGUUCCUUCUCGUUUGCAUUCAAUUGAGCAAUUUGGACAGAAAAAUAUUCGAUACGUUGCUUUCUCUCAUGACGGGUCUAUGAUGGCUCUAUUUGCAAAUGGAUGCAGAAUUUGGGUGUUCCGUGGAGACGAGGAGAUUCUUCACGCCUACCUCAGUAGAAAACGUGGGUGGGAUAAGGUGGUUUCGAUGGAGUUUUCUCCAGAUGAUUGUCAUUUGUUGGUAACCGGGUGCAAAGAAGAGCUGGUAGCGAUGGCAAGAGGAAACGAGGCACUGAUUUAUAAGCUUGGAGAAGACUAUGCCACGCUCCGCUCUUUCAUCAACCUGGACCAAGGCAUGUUCAGCACGUGGUUCGACAAUCAAAACGUCAUGUUCACUCAGAAUUUUGGAAUAAGAGACAGAAUGCGUCUUUUCAUAAGCACUAUCGAUAUGGCUGCUGAUAUCUUGGUCUACCCAGUUCUGACUUUUGACACUCGUAUCACUGGAAUCAUGGUAGCCCAACAUGUGUCUCCGAGAACACGCAAGAUUACUCAAAUUGCCGACCAGGCGCAGGAAGAGGGAAAGACUCUUACCGAAAAACUCAUCGAAAUCGGUCUCGAAUCCGGAGUUGACGUCACCAAUAUGCAAGAGCUGCGUGCUAUCCUCGAUCAAGAGUCCCAAUGCAUGCCAUGCUACCGUCUUCACUCUCAUCAUGACGCCGUUUCCCAGAGAGAGUGUCAAUGUCACUGCCAUCACAACACCGAUAGACUACUAGUCUUCCAUGGAAACGACGAGCGUGUUCAUGUGAAAGUUAUCACUGAAAGGAUUCUAGAAAGAGCCAAGCAGGCUUGGAGAGUUAGAGGAGAAGAUGAUGAAGAUAUUGACCAAAACCGCCUUUUCUUCCCACUCGCCCUCUGCAAUGUUUUUGACACCGUGGACCAUGUCUUCCGAACUGGACUAUCUCUUGCUCGUAGCUCCAUGUGCUUUUCACCAGAUCACAGAUACCUCUACAUCACUGAAACUCGCAAGGCUCCACGUCCUAGAGAUCCUAUUAUGGAGAUCAAGCCAAGCUGUCUUGAUUUGGAGACAAUGGUUUUCAAGCAUGUCCCUGAUUUCACUAUCCGACCAUGGGUAGAGUAUGAAUUCAGCGUCCGUAUCACCGCCAACAAUGACUUUGUUGCCAUUUUCACUGGUCAAGACGUAGUCAUCUGGUCAGCAUUUCAUCGCGGCAACUCUGCAGCGGUUCUUCCACAAUUUGGGGCUCCAGUGUCUGCAGUGGCUCUCCACCCACUCACAAACCAGCUGGUUGUGACUAGUGAGACUCGCAUUCAUUAUUUCCAAAGUGCGGAGAUGUUUCAAGAGGACAAGAUGAAUGAGAACACUGAAGAAGGUUCAUCAUCUGGAGAGUGA